AUGAUUCAUCUCAACAAACUCCGUCUUCCUCGAAUUCAAACGGCUCGAUCGAAAUCGAAAGCACAAAACGCUAUGAUGAUUCGUUCAAUCAAAAAGGUGCCUCGGUUAAUUUACCAUUCGAAUUGCAGUGUGAGCCAUGAAGAAGAUGCGUCAAUGGAGGCGAGAAGUAUUUCAGAGUAUUUGAUGGAAACGUUGCCCGGAUGGCAUGUUGAUGAAUUCCUUGAUCCUUAUGGCUUCUGUUUAUGACAAGCAAGCAUAUUUUGCCCAUUUAUGGCAUAUGAUCCUGACAGCAAUGCCAAUUUUGGGUUGUUCAUGCAUACUAAGACAUGGGCAUUUGUGUAAAUUCACAUCACCAUCAUCCAUUAACAAGAUGCUUGUAAAGGGAACUCAUCGAAGAUGAGGGGAUCCAUCAACACCAACAAAUACAUUUUUCUGUUCAAUCUUCAUCCAUCAAAAGAACAACAUAACCCUAAACCAACAUGAAAAUUGUAAAAUUCCACUUUUGC